CAAGUGCAUUCCCCAUGUGUGCCUGCACACAAGACCACUCAAUAAACAACAGUUACAGAUAAGUACAACCCUGUUUUUCUUCUAAACAGGCAAUCCAGGAAACAGAGGAGAAGUUCCACUCAGUGCUAGUACGAAAACCCCCUCAAACAAUGAAACCCUUGCAUUACGGUUCUUGCUAUACUGUGUCCAGUUCAGCAGACCUCAAGAUAAACCCUCAGGAAUUGCACUUUACAUACAAGAGCCCUGGACAGCAGCAAUCCUAUGUCCAAUUCAGUAUCAGAAACACUGAGAGAGUCGAUGUCAGUUUGAAAAAUAAGGAAGAUCUUUCCUCUGUCUGGGAUACUUCACUUGAACCAGGGAUGCAGGCGAACCCCUCAUUGGAGCCUCAUUUCAUCGAGCAGCACAGGGAGCAGCUUAUCCAGAGGACUGCUGAAGUGGAGGGAGUUUUGGAUCUCCUCUAUGGAAAUGUUCUGGAUGAUGAGCAAUACCAAAGAAUCUCUUUGCGGGAGACUAACCCAGAGAAAAUGCGGGAGCUCUACCGGCUAGUACCAAGCUGGGACGACUCUUGCAAGGAUCGGCUGUACAAGGCACUGAGGAAGAAAAACCCGUUCCUCAUAGCAGACCUUGAAGGGAUAUGAAGCUGUGAAGAAGAUGGUGUAGUGCCAUCCAGGGGGCAAAGAGAAUCCUGAUUUGCAUGGCUAAGGACCCAGGACACUGUAGUGUCUUUUCCCAAGCAUAAAAAGAGAGACAUCAUCUCUUUUGUGCUAUGAGGAAGAAAUGGUAACCAGGUGCAUGGACACUCUGAGAAGUGAACAGGUGGGGGAUGGGGAGGACUUACUGGAAGCAGCAAUGCAUCUACAUCACUUCUGCUAUGACCCCGAAGUGAUUUCAUUGUGUAGUAAUGUCAGAGCAACACUUUGGUAUUUGGACAAAACCUCUAUGGUAAAUUUGGCUUCUACCAUAGAAUUUUUGCCCAAAUACCAGAGUGUUGCCCUGAUGUCAUGUCAUCACUUCUGGGUCACGUUGAAAGUGACAUAAAGGGCCGGCGUCAUCAGUUCUGGUGUCCUAGGCCCCAUUCCUGGCAGAUCUGGGAAAGCGAAAACGGCUGAGUGGCACCUAUGCUCUUCGGAAGCUGCCUUCCCUUGCAAGGGAAGUUAGCCUCUGAAGAGCACAGGCGCUGCCCUGUCCUGCUGCUUUCACCUUCUCAAAAACAGAAGCAGCGGGGCAGCGCCUCCACUCUUUGGAGCCUUAGGCAGGCUCCAAGGAGCACCGACGCCUCUGCAUAGACCUGGGAAAGUGAGAGCAGCAUAGUGAGGAGGAGCGCUCCUGUAGGUGAGGUGGGGGCCAGGCAGCCACCUACCUGGCUUCCUCCUAUACACUGGGCCUGGUGACAUAGAGAUGUUGCUGCAACAUCCACUAGGGCUCACUUUUUUUCUGGUAAGUCCUCCCCACUGGCUAGAUGAUUGGUGGCAGACAGUGGGGCCUAUGCUGAGGUUGUUUCCCUCCCCAAACUGCACCCUUCCAAGUUCCAGCUCCAUAUCACCAAGAAUUUCCCAACUCAGAGCCGGCAACCCUAUCCUGUUAUAAGCCUCAGGUUUCGUCUAAUUGGGUAUUUCAUUAAUAAUGUCUGCUAGCACAGUUUCAGUUACCCAUCAAUGGAAAUGAAAUUAAUCAUUAAAACAUAUACACAUGUAAGCAAAACAAAACCAUGAGCUCCCGCUCCAUCCCCUUUACUAAACCAGUCUUUACAUUACUCAUUUUUUUUCAGGUUUUGCUCCCUUUUCCAAAUGGCUGUUUAUUAACACUGGGCAAGGGACUACUCAUCAACACAUUCUAGUUUACCUGUGGCCAAAUUGUGAUUUGAACCAGAGAAAGGCAUGCCCCUCCAACCUUGGAUCCUCACUUAUGGAAUUUUCAGGAAGUAUCAUGGGUGCCACCACAAAAUGGCUGCUAUGGGGAGCAGAGCCAGUUGCAAAAACAUUGGGAGAUUUCACAAAAUGGUUUAAAGUCAAUCAUAAUCCCACAAGAGGUUGCUCCUUCUGAAUGAGCACAUCCAGAAAGAAAGGUUGGGAUCUUCUCAUGCAAUCCCUGGGCUGCAGGAAAGCUCAAAUCACCUCUUUGUUUUGUGGAAGAGAUGUUGUUUGAUCUCAAUUUCUAAAGCAAGGGGAAGAAUUGUGCUGUGUGUAGCUACAAAGAAAGGUUGCCUGUGGAUAUAACAGAGUAUAUUUAUGGUGUUAGACAAAGCACCCUAAUUUUCCUCAAGGGUUAACAUGCUUAUUAGAAAGCCUAGUCUAGUUUGCAGGUGUUCAUGAUUUGGGCCUUCCUGCAGAUACUUUCCUUAUCUCUUUCAAGGCCAUCAUAAUUGGUUAAUCUUGAGAACCUGUGCUCAGUUGUGUAACCAGAUUUUUUUUUUGGAGGGGGGGAUUAGGACAGAUGUUAACAUCAUCUGGAAAGUUCUAUCAAGGGAGAUUCCUGAUUGAAUCCAAGAAACCAUGUGGUGCCAGAGGGUACAGGCCAGUGGGAAGCUAUGCUUAUGCUCAUGCCAAUCUAGUACGCUUUGAUAUGUUGUGCUUCAUCAUAAUGGAUAGAAAUGUAUAGACCACAUUUAUGCUACUGCUUCAUUUUUUAUGCUGCAAGAAGAUUUGUCAUUUAAUACCAGAUAUUAAAUGUAUUAGGAUGGUUAACAUCUUUAUUUUCUCUGUUGCUAACCUAUAGAGACUGUACUGUAUAGUGAAAUUUUUUAAAAUCCAUAAACGUUUAUAUAUUUUUAAA